GUCACGUGACCCUCGUCGCGCUCAUCGUGUUUGUCCGUCCAGAGUGUCUCUCUUUAGCAUACAGCACGGUUAGCACCCACGGUACCAUGUUCCGAGCCGUGUUCCGACUGUCAGCCACAGGGGCCCGGAGCCUGGCUCGGUCCCGACCCUGCUACUCAGCUCCACUGGCCUCCAGAUGUUACUCCCAUGGCAAGGUGGAGACAGACGAGGAGUUUGAUGCCCGUUGGGUCACUUACUUCAGUAAGCCUGACAUUGACGCCUGGGAACUCAGGAAAGGCAUGAACACCCUGAUUGGGUAUGACCUGGUACCUGAGGCCAAGAUCCUGGAUUCAGCUCUGAGGGCUUGCCGGAGACUGAAUGACAUGGCCAGUGCCAUCCGCAUCCUUGAAGCUGUUAAGGACAAAGCAGGCCCCCACAAAGACAUUUAUCCCUACCUGAUCCAAGAGUUGAAGCCCACUCUGGCAGAACUUGGCAUCUCAACACCAGAGGAACUGGGCAUUGACAAGUUGUAAACGAUCAAGGUACUUCGCUACAUCAAGAGAUGAGCUCUCCUGGUUCUCUCCUGUCAAAUAUGUCUAUAUUGUUGAUUAAAUCCAUGCUGUCCUGUUGUGUACAAAAUGGUGGACCUAAUAAAGAAACCAGUAAUUUAGUAA